AUGAACCUCACCCUCCGUCGCAGCCAGCUGGAGCUCAGCUCCUCACCCGCUCUGCUCAAGUCAGGCCUUUCGCCAUCCAGAACAUAUAGAGCUGCUUUGAGGUCAUGGCUGGGCAGCGAUGACACGAUCCUGCCAGGUCACGACGGGCUGGCUCAGUCCCACCUUGUGCGGGACAGGCAGAUAUUGAGUCCUGCUGGUGGCCACCUCUGCUCUGUCCCUACAAGCCCAGCAGCCAGGGACGAACUCCACAUCUCCAGUAAAUCUGCCUUAAACCCAGCUGGUUAUCCAGCAGCAACACUCAGUGAGAUGAUUUUUCCUUGCACUAGGAAAACUGAAGGAUACCUGCAGUGGGCCGUGGGCAUGAGCCUGCUCAUGGCCCUCGUGGUGCUGCUCAUCGUGGCGGGCAACGUGCUGGUGAUCGCGGCCAUCGGGCGCGGGCAGCGGCUGCAGACGCUCACCAACCUCUUCAUCACCUCGCUGGCCUGCGCCGACCUCAUCAUGGGGCUGCUGGUGGUGCCCUUCGGGGCCACGCUGGUCGUGCGCGGCACCUGGCUCUGGGGCUCCUUCCUCUGCGAGUGCUGGACUUCCCUGGACGUGCUCUGCGUGACGGCCAGCAUCGAGACGUUGUGCGUCAUCGCCAUCGACCGCUACCUGGCCAUCACCUCGCCGUUCCGCUACCAGAGCCUCAUGACCAGGGGCCGCGCCAAGGGCAUCAUCUGCACCGUGUGGGCCAUCUCGGCCCUGGUCUCCUUCCUGCCCAUCAUGAUGCACUGGUGGCGGGACGAGGACCCCCAGGCGCUGGAGUGCUACCAGGACCCGGGCUGCUGCGACUUCGUCACCAACAGGGCUUAUGCCAUCGCCUCGUCCAUCAUUUCCUUCUACAUCCCCCUCCUCAUAAUGAUCUUCGUCUACAUUCGGGUAUACCGGGAGGCCAAGGAGCAGAUCAGGAAGAUUGAUAGAUGCGAGGGCCGCUUCUACGGGAGCCAUGAGCAGCAGCCCCCACCACAGCCGCCCCCGCUCCCCCAUCACCAGCCCAUCCUGGGCAACGGCCGAGCCAGCAAGCGAAAGACCUCCCGCAUCAUGGCCAUGAAGGAGCAGAAAGCCCUGAAGACUCUGGGCAUCAUCAUGGGGGUCUUCACCCUCUGUUGGCUCCCCUUCUUCCUGGUCAACAUCGUCAACGUCUUCAACAGGGACCUGGUGCCCGACUGGCUCUUCGUCUUCUUCAACUGGCUGGGCUACGCCAACUCCGCGUUCAACCCCAUCAUCUACUGCCGCAGCCCCGACUUCCGCAAGGCCUUCAAGCGGCUGCUGUGCUGUCCACGGCGAGGCGGCCGGCGGCUGCGCGCCGGCACCGGGGACCUCGCCGGCCUCCCGGGGGGACUCGUCAGCACCUUGGGCUCCCCCGAGCACGGCCUCGGCGGCGCCUGGUCUGACUGCAACGGGGUUGCCAGUAGCCACCUAUUCCUGGAGGGCCCCAUCGUGAUAAGUGAAUGUUUAAUAGAGCUGGUGCCUCCGUGGACGGGACCGAGCUGGGAGGUGUGUGAACAGGCUGGCGGAUUUGGGUUCUUAGAGCGCACCUUGGCUAAAACCAAAGGCUGCCACGUCAACGGGACCAUAAGGCUGACGCCAGGCGACGGCGCGGGAGGGCUGGUUGCACGAAUCGCCUCAGGAAGGACGCGGACGGCAGCCGGGGAGGCCAAGGGCUUUCCCGCGUGUGCCUGGGCUGCAGAGAGCCAGCGCAGCCCGGGAGCUGCAGUGACGGAGCCCGAGGCCACUGCGGUCACUAACAACCGCACCGGUGUCGCGCUGCGGGGUCUGUCUGAGGGACUCCGAUCUUAA